AUGUCUAACAAGAUUUGGAUAAAACUAUCUGAUGUGGAAUUUUUCGAAAAGCUAAGAAAGAGUAAGUACUCGGUGCAAAGGAUGUAUGUCAUAAAGGUAUAUUAUGGUAAAGACCCGUCUGAGUUCGAUCCCUCUAACCGUAAGAUCAAUCUCUCUAUUUCCAAGUCCACUGUAUACCGUGGAAUGAACUCCAAAGGCUCGUGGAAGAGGAGGCCCGCUGCUUGGCCAGAUCUUCACCUGUUUGAUGAAGACAGCCGCCCGCCCAAUGCCAUUUUUAUCGAAUAUGUCCCAAACCUGCAGCCAAUAGACCUGUCUGACUUCUCAGAAAGACGCCUGGCUAAAGUCCGCAAGAUUCUCGAAGAUAUCCACCCGGCAAACUCCCGCAAUAUGACGGCUUCGUUGGAGGACUACGAAAGGAUACUCUGGAUCGAUUUUAAUCCUGCGCUAAUAGUUUCAGAGCAUGAUCUUUCAUCCCGGCAAGAGAGAUGGAUUGCAGAUGAGGUGGAGAUGAUAGACUAUUGA